AUGAGUAAACUUCAAAGUGAAGCCUUGAGAGAGGCUAUUACUCAAAUCACUACUGAUGCUAAAGAAAAGAAACGGAAUUUCACUGAGACCAUUGAACUCCAAAUUGGAUUGAAGAAUUAUGAUCCACAAAAGGACAAACGUUUCAGUGGCACUGUGAAAUUGCCUCACAUUCCAAGACCUAAGCUCAAGGUCUGCAUGCUUGGAGAUGCCCAGCAUGUUGAAGAGGCUCAAAAGAUUGGGCUUGAAUACAUGGAUGUUGAGGGUCUGAAGAAACUUAACAAAAACAAGAAGUUGGUGAAGAAGCUUGCAAAGAAACAUCAAGCUUUCUUGGCUUCUGAAUCUGUCAUCAAGCAGAUUCCUCGUUUGUUGGGCCCUGGUCUAAACAAGGCUGGUAAGUUCCCUACUCUUGUUUCCCACCAGGAAUCCCUUGAGGCUAAGGUUAAUGAGACCAAGGCAACUGUCAAGUUCCAACUGAAGAAGGUCCUUUGUAUGGGAGUUGCUGUUGGAAACUGCAGCAUGGAAGAAAAGCAGAUCUUUCAGAAUGUGCAAAUGAGUGUCAACUUCUUGGUUUCUUUGCUCAAGAAGAAUUGGCAAAACGUGAGGUGCUUGUACUUGAAAACAACAAUGGGAAAGCCUGUUCGCAUCUUUUAAGGAGUUUUUAUUUGUUCUUGUGUUUUGAUUUUGGGUUAAUGUUAAACAAGGUCAGUCAGCACUUGAGAAAAAAAUGUAUUUCCCUUCAACAGGAAAUAGUUAUUUUUGGUUUGUUACAUGUUUGUUUGGUAAUGUUCUUUAUAAUAUUAGACUUUCUUCUUUAGACAUUAUAUCGAG